UUAGUUUUCCAAAACAAAAUAUGUUAUUGAAAUUACAGACAAUAUAAUAUUAACUUUUAAAUUUAAUAAUAGCAUUUAAACUUCUAUAAUUUAAAUUCUUUAUUCACUUUCUAAAAUAAGAUCUGAAUCAAAACUAUACUUAAAAAUAUAUACUCAUUUUAGCAUAUAGAAGGGUGGUCAAACAAUGUAACAGGAACACAACACUUAAAGGUUUAAUCAAUUUUAAUGUUUUUGAAUUUUGAAUACCAAGAAUUUAUAAAAACCCAUGUUAGCUUCAAAACUCAUUUGUAUUUUUUACCUUAAAAUUUUACUUUAACCUUUCCCUCUUAGAGGACCCGGGGUGGUCCGUGAUCGACCACCCAUAACGCGUUAUCGGCAUUUGCUACACCGCCGCCGCACCAUGUAAAACGCGUGGUAAAGUUCACGCGUGCUCCACACAACGCGUUAACAUUUGAAAAGUGAACGUUUUUUUUGACCGUUUUUUUGACCGUUUGGGUUAAUUACAAGAAUUUUUUAUAUAAAUACCCCAUAUAUCUAAACAAACUCAAAAACCUUUCAACAAUUUUUACACCAAAAAUUCAAAAAACUCUCAAGUAUUUUCACACUCAUUUUUUACAAGAAAUAUGGAAGGUGGCGGUUCAAGCAAGAGAGGUGGUGGAUCGAAAAAAAGAGGUGGCGGUUCGGGUACGAAGAAAAUAAGGCCCAAGGUUCGAGCGAAUCUUGGUGAGCCCGAUCGAUUUAGGUUGCAAGACGAACCCGACCAAGUCCCACUCUUUCAAACCCAACAAUACCCACCCUUUCAAACCCAACAAUAUCCACCCUUUCAAUCGCAAACGUACCAUAACCAACCGUUCGUUCCACCGUUUCAACCUCACCAAUUUCAAUCGCAAACGUAUCAAACCCAACCCCACGCACUCGACCCACUACUAGAAGACAACACCCUCCUUCAUCAUUUUGCAAAAGCGUGGCAUGAACCACGUGAACCACAACAAAGUGUUGACGAGGACGAGGAAGAGGAAGAGGAAGAGGAAGAAGAAGCGGAGGAAGAGGAAGAGGAAGAAGAACAAAAUGUUGAGGUUCAAGAAAUCGUUCCAAUCGGCCGACAACCUUGGACGAGCGAGGAGGAGGUCUCGUUGACGAAGGCGUAUUUGCACAUCUCGGAGAGUAGGAAACACGGGAACGAGCAACGAAAGGAAGCGUUUUGGAGACGGGUUAUUAGUCAUUUUAUGAAACUUCCCGGUGCAAGGGUCCGAAACAUGGACAAAAUGACGUCGAAGUGGUCGGAUUUGAACCGAAAAAUGAGCCGGUUCAACGCUUGUUUCAUUCAAAAGAGCCGAAACCCACAAAGUGGAGCGAGCGAGGCGACGAUCAUGCAACAAGCCACCGAAAUGUAUUGCACAACGUACCAUAAGAGAACUUUUCCACACGUUGCGGCAUGGCAAGUUGCGAGACAUCACCCGAAGUGGGUCCCCGUUGAGUUGGUUGACACGCAUGGUCCUACGGCUCCAAAAAAUCGAGGCGGUUCGAAAAGAACAAAGACAUCCGAUUCGGGGAACUACACGACUUCCGCGUCGGAUAACUUGCCCCAAAUGAACUUAAACGACGAGCCUCUAGACGAACCCCUUGACGAGCCCGUUGAGGAAGAUACACCCACAAGGCCACGACGCAGACGAGGUGGUGAUUCGUCAAGCAAAGGGAAGGAGGCGGUGGCGGAGUCGAUCUUUAGAAUCGAAGAGGAGAAAAUGACCCAAUACAAGAUGGCCGAACAAAGAAAAGAAACAAUGAUGACCCUAAAAGUUGAACGGGAGCAGGCGUACAAGGAACACUUGAAAACGAUCGAAAGACAAAAUGAUUUAAAAAUCUUGUGUGAAAAACACGCCCAUCUCGACGAACCGUUCAAGUCAAUUGUCAUCGAACAAAAGCGCGCGAUUUGCGCAAAGUGGGGUUGGGAGAUGCCAUCGGUUUAGUUGUUUUUUUUUUAAAUCGGUUUAGUUGUUUUUUUUUAUUUGGUUAUGUAAUUUUUUUUAAAGUUUAAUGAAAUUUAUAAUUUAGUGUUU